AUGAUUGCUUCUAUGAAGCGUUUAGCUGCGGAAAUGACGGGUAAUAAGCCUCGUAUAUUAAUGGACUUAUCUGAUUGUCCUAAUGACGUUUUGUUUGAGAUAUUCUUGAGAUCUAGCUAUCUUACUGUUGUUAGGUCUUCUCUGGUAAGUUUUUGUUGUUUUAGGUGUAAUAUUGAACAGUUUUUUUCUUGGAAUUAGACGUUUUAAGCGAUAUUUAUACGUUUUGUUUUGAUUCACAUAAGUAAGUCCCCUUUCAUGUUUUUUUUUUAAUUUUAGGUAUGCCGACAAUGGAAUUCCAUAAUCUACAAUCACCGGUUUUGGUUUCAAACGUUGAAGAAGGAUAAGAGUCUACGUCAUAUUACUCUUGAACAGCUGAGCCAAAUUGAGAUUCAUUACUUACAACGUACAAUAGCAAUGAAGGCGUUUGAGAGAAACUUGAUUAACGACAACUUCUUUAUUGAAGAACCGAAGUUUGACAUCAGGUGGUCAGAUUGUCAUUCGAACAGAAGAAGGUAUGAAUUGAGAAAAAUUCAGUCUAUAAGUAUUUUUUAUUGUUUUUACACUUUAUGUUAGUAUUUGCUUUAUUAAUAUUCUUACAACGUUAAUAUAGGUAACAUUUUAAAUAUAGAGCGCGAGAAUGGAAGGUUGAAUCACCACCAAAAUUCCUGGAACCUCAGCGUCAAGGUGCUCUAGCGUUGGAUCAAUGUGACCUACCUUUCGAAAGUUGUAUGGUCAGUUCGUAUAGUGAAUGUGUACGUUGGAUUAGCGUGAAUUUGUGUGAGUAUGGGUUGACUGUUGAGUUUCUGAACAAAUAUAAGCCGACCAUUGUCAUCACUGAGUAUUACACAAACCGAGCUGAUUGUGGCUGUACUUACAACAUUGAGACUUUGCUCCGGGACUCUGAGUAAGUUAGUUUAUAUAAUUAAAGUUUUAUAACGUAAGAAAUGUGUUGUCUUUGUUUAAACUUAUUUAUAUGUUUUUUACAUGUUCUUUGAAAUAUAUUUUAUGUUUUAGCAAGCCUGAUCUUAUGUCCGACCCAGACAAUCGACGCAUCGUAGCGUUUGAAGAUACUAUUGACCAAUGGCAAGGUAGGUGGUUGUUUUAAUUUUAAAUCUUGUGAUUUUAGAUCAAUUUUGGAGAAAGGCCGAGAUUGUCUAUGACAAUUAUCCUGAUGGUGCCCACAUUGUUGACAUUGUUACUAGAGGUAAAGACCGGCAGUUUUGGGCGGGAAAUUACGGUUCAAAAGUGGCUGGUACUUCCAUCAUUGUCAAGUUUGAUUUUAACAAGAAUUCGAACAUGAAUUGA